AGUAUGAUGGGAGGGGGGCCGAUGUAUGGAGUUGUGGGGUGAUCCUGUUCGCUCUGUUAACGGGCUGUCUCCCCUUCGAUGACGACAACCUUCCCCGGCUCUUAACGAAAGUGAAGGCGGGAUUGUUCUCCGUGCCCCCGUAUCUGAGCAAAGCAGUGCAGUACGUAUUGCGCAGGACGUUAUACGUGAAUGUCAACAAGCGUUUCACCGUAAGUGCUGCGGGUGAUGAUCAGGCUUUCCAAUUAACGUUUAACGUGUUCGCGCGAUGGUUGCCCUAUAUGAUCAGGCUUUCGAAUUAA